UCCAGUUAAUUGCAUUGUAAAAAAGUCUGUUUUGUGUGUGUGUUGCGGGGGCUGGUGCUCACUGUAGAUGUCCGAUGACUUAGCCAGACGUCAGAACAUUCUAGGGUACUAAGAUCAACGUACGUGGGCGCCAUGGUGGUUCUCGGGUGUGGCGGGCCGAGGGGCGGAGCAGGGCGUUCUCCUUUCUCCGGGGCAGAACACGCACGCACACAUAUGCACACAUUCAUACACGCGCGCGCGUUCACACACAGGGGCACAGGCACCAGCCUGGCUGGACUCAGCCGCGCCCCCACCCCGCCGAGCUAGAUCAGCACACCGGAGAGCGCCAUCCGCCCACGUGCUGGGGGCGGGGUCCCGGCAGCCCACCACUCGGCGCUUCCAGGAGGGUCCUAUCCAGCCACCUAGCAGGAAGCACCGCAGGAACCCGACGCCAUGUUCCCGGAACCCCCUACCCCUGGCUCUCCAGCGCCUGAGACACAUCCAGACUCCAGCCGCAUCAGGCAGGGUGCAGUGCCUGCCUGGGUCCUGGCCACCAUCGUACUGGGCUCAGGCCUCCUGAUCUUCAGCAGCUGUUUCUGUCUCUACCGGAAGCGCUGUCGGAGAAGGAUGGGCAAGAAGAGCCAGGCCCAAGCCCAAGUCCACCUUCAGGAAGUGAAAGAGCUGGGCCGGAGUUACAUAGAUAAGGUUCAGCCUGAAAUAGAAGAGCUGGAUCCCUCACCAUCCAUGCCAAGCCAGCAGGUACCAGACAAGCACCAGCUAGGACGACUGCAGUAUUCACUGGAUUAUGACUUCCAGACGGGUCAGCUCCUGGUGGGCAUCCUGCAAGCUGAAGGGCUGGCGGCGUUGGACCUAGGAGGUUCUUCAGACCCCUAUGUUAGCGUCUAUCUGCUGCCAGACAAGCGGAGGCGACAUGAGACCAAGGUGCAUCGGCAGACCCUGAAUCCACACUUUGAGGAAACCUUUGCCUUCAAGGUGCCGUAUGUGGAACUGGGAGGCAGAGUGCUGGUCAUGGCGGUAUACGAUUUCGAUCGCUUCUCCCGCAAUGAUGCCAUCGGGGAGGUGCGGGUGCCCAUGAGUUCAGUGAACCUGGGCCGGCCGGUGCAGGCCUGGAGAGAGCUGCAGACGGCUCCCAAAGAGGAGGAGAAACUGGGGGACAUCUGCUUCUCUCUCCGCUACGUCCCCACGGCCGGAAAACUGACCGUCAUUGUUCUGGAAGCUAAAAACCUGAAGAAGAUGGAUGUAGGAGGACUCUCAGAUCCCUAUGUGAAGGUGCACCUGCUUCAGGGAGGCAAAAAGGUUCGGAAGAAGAAAACCACCAUUAAGAAGAACACCCUGAACCCCUAUUAUAACGAGGCCUUCAGCUUCGAGGUGCCCUGUGACCAAGUGCAGAAAGUCCAGGUGGAGCUGACUGUAUUGGACUAUGACAAGCUGGGCAAGAAUGAGGCCAUCGGGAGAGUGGCAGUGGGUGCAGCCGUUGGUGGGGCUGGCCUACGGCACUGGGCUGACAUGUUGGCCAACCCCAGGCGGCCCAUUGCCCAGUGGCACUCGCUGCGGCCCCCUGACCGAGCCAGGCCAAUGGUUGCGCCCUGAUCCCUAUAUCAGGCAAGCACCCGACCAGAUCCCUCGCUCCCAGCCCAUACACCUCUCCCCACAAGCCUCUCCAGACAUUGCAUCCGUUCCUACCUCCACACUGGAAAUAUUUCUAACUUCCAGCACCACUCCCGUGCCCCGAAGCCACAGUGAUCCUGCGGGAAGGUGGUUAAGUCUGGCAUCCCCUGCCCCAGGAUCCUACCCUCUGCUUUGACAAUCAGCUGCGAGGCCUGUUAUCUCCUUUCUCCCAAUCUCUUAGCUCUUCCCACACAGCUUAACCCCUGUACGCUGCUCCUGGGGCCAAAUAAACACUCAGCAGCUUGGCGACUCA